AGUCCACUACACCGACCUAGAGAGUAGAAAAUAAAAAAUAAGACUAGAUAAGAAAUCGGUGGACUCAACUAGACUUCAAGCUUCAACGACGGACUGGACGGACCGAACUGUGACUUCGUCUUCUUCAUUCGUCCGCCUCCUGCUAAUCUGUGAUGCUAGUAUGCUACGACUUUGGGCAAUUAGGCGUCCGUAAGGUAGAGUAGCAUGGGCUUGGCUUUUAAUUAAAUUAGUUUCCUAAAAACGAAUUAAAUUAGCUUCCUAAAAAUAAUUAAGGCUUGAAUCUAUUUUUAAUUUUUUCUGGGUCGGGAGUUCUGGCCCAGUUUUUGCGACUUGCAAAUUAGGUGAGGAAUCCGACGCCAACACAGCGACUUGGCGACGACUUGGCGAUGCCAGACACGCCUGGGUUUCUUCUGGCGAGUCGCGUGAAGCCGGCGAGCUUCCCCCAGCGCCUGGACACCUAGUCGCCGACUAGGCGACGCCUAGGCGACGCCGUGACAACCAUGAUAUUCUCUUACACAGAUCAUAGCAAUUUGCCCCACCUGAGUUAAGACAUUAUUCAUUUCUUUAGCUUUGAUCUCCCUCACAUAUCCUUGCUUGAUUCCUUGUAAUACUAAUUUCCUGUUGGAUACCUUAAAUGUCAUAGUGAGCUCUUUAAAAUCCCAAGAGAUCUUUCCCAAGGUUUCCAACCAUUGGACUCCUAAAACCAUAUCACAACCUCCAAAUGGAAUAACCAUAAGAUCAGUUGUGAAUGGAGUUUGUUGGAAUGUCCAUUCAAACCCUUCUACUCUGGAUGUUACAUCAAUGAUGUUGCCAUCUGCUACAGUAACUCUGGCCAGCCCAUUGUUAAUCAAUUUGCAACCUAGCUUUUCAGCUAUCCUUUGAUCUAUAAAGUUAUGUGUACUGCCAGAGUCUAUUAGAAUGAAGAGUGCCCUUUUACCAUGCAUUCCCUUGACUCUCAUGGUACUAUACUGAGAUACUCCAGUCAUUGCAUUAACAGAAAUUUGAAUAUUUUCUUGUAUUAACACCUCUUCUUCUGAAUUCACAUCCUCUUCAUCUAUCUCAAUUAAAAAUAGCUGGUUUUUCUUAUGUUUGAGAUAAUGAUCAGGUGUAUAUGGUUCAUCACAUUGAUAGCAUAAUCCUUUGGCCCUUCGUUCACUCAUCUCUGCUGCAGUGAGAAUUUUUCUAUUCCCUUUUGUCAAAUCAACUGACUUCUGAUUAUUCCCUUCCUUAUAUACAGUUCCAGCUUUAGGUAUGUUAUUAAAUGAAGUCUUCUUUCCCCCUUCAUCAUUUCUGUUAAAAUUUCCUCUACCAAAGCCUGGAUUCCCACUGACAGAACUUGUUUUAGGAUGAGCCAUUUCAUACAAUUUACCCGGGGUAAAACAUUGACGAAUAGACUGCGGUUGGAACAUCCUUAUAUGCAUUUGUGUGUCAUUUCUUAAACCCGCUAAAUAAGCACUCAUCAAAUGUUCUUCAGAUAGAUUUACGCGAGUUCUUAUUGAUUCAAAAAUCUCAUUAUAAGCAAUGAUUCCAUCAGUUUCCCUUAGUUUCAUGAGAUCAGCAAUUGGAUCAUCUAUAACUUCACCAAAUCUUUCAGUUACUAACAACUUGUAUCUAGGCCAAUCAAGAAUCAUACCUCUGUUUUGUUCUGAAACCAUUACAGACUGAUGCCAGCAAGCAGCCUUAUCCUCCAAAUGAAUUGAUGCCAAAUUUACCUUAAUGUCUUCCGGAGUCCGAUCAAUAUUAAAGAACUGUUCACAUUUGAACAACCAAUCUUUAACAUUUGUUCCUCCAAAUCUUGGAAAAUCCAGUCUAGAUAAUCUUGUCAGUCCUGAAUAUCCUGGAUUCGUUUGUGUGCGGUUCACCUGAGUUGAAGUCGAGCUCCUAUUGUUCAUCGUCUCCAUAAUUUCAAAAAUUUCCUUUGAAAGUUCAGCAAAUUUUGUAGCUAAAGAAUCAUCAAACUUCAGGCUCAUAUGUGUGAACUGAUUCUCCAUUUUUGCAUCGAUCUUCUUGCUUAAGUGAUCUUCCAAAGCUAUGAAUCUGGAAUUCAUAGAUUCUUCUACUUCUUGAACUGUCACCUCCUUGUGUGCUGAUUGAGAUCGAGUUUGAGUCAUGGCGGUAGCGCUUCCGAGGUUCGAAGCUCUGAUACCAAUUUAAUACAGUAAUUCUAUAUUAACAAGAAUUAAACUGGAAAAUCAAAUGAAGAAAUCAAAUGAAAUGAGAAUUAAUGUGAAAACAACAAUUCUCUACCCAAGUCCAGAACUGGUUUCUUGAGCAACAAGAUGUACAGGGAGAGCGGAAGAUAUUAUUGAUAGAAUUGAAUGAGCAAAAGUGUACAGAUUACAAUGACCAGCUUCCUUUUAUAUCUAAUAGAGCUGCUAAGAGCUAUUAACCGACUUUAGUAAAGUAGUUAUACACGUGUGAAUUCAGUUAAUAACUAUUUGCUAUAUCACAAUCAAAUUGAGUAAAUCUUCGGUCAAAAAGAGGUUGUUCGACAAUUCCACUGACAAACCGAUCUGGAAUCCAAGAGACACGGAGCAAUUGAAUGCUGUGAAGGAGGCAUUGCACGCAUCUACUGCUCCAUCAAACAUAGGUUGCCGAGAUGUCGAGCAAAAUAGGGUUUUGGAGUUUUGCAAGCAAUGUGUUCAGCAGGAAAAGGCUGGCAGUUUGUAUGUCUGUGGAUGUCCAGGAACUGGAAAGUCACUCGCAAUGGAAAGGUCAAAGAAGAAUUAAUUGAAUGGGCUAAGAAGGGGGGAUGUUCAGCAACCAGAUAUAUUGUCCAUCAACUGUACUUCUUUGACAAAGACUUCAGAAAUUUUCAACAAGAUACUUGAAAGGGUUCAACCUAAGAAGAAGCCUAGUGGUUUGACUACACCACUGCAGCUUCUUCAGAAGUUGUUCAUGUUCUCAGCGAAGCAGCAAGCUGGCACAGCCAUGAUGUUAAUAGUUGCUGAUGAGUUGGAUUAUUUAAUCACCAAAGACCAAGCUGUACUUCAUGAUCUCUUUAUACCAACGACGUUUCCUUUCUCUCGUUGUAUUAUAUUAGGAAUCGCUAAUGCUAUUGACCUUGCUGAUAGAUUCCUUCCCAAACUUCAGGCUUUGAACUGCAAGCCGAUGGUUAUAACAUUUCGUGCAUACUCCAAGCACCAGAUCAUCAUGAUUCUUCAACAAAGAUUAGCAGCACUUCCGUACACAGUCUUCCAGCCUGAAGCACUGGAGCUAUGUGCAAAGAAAAUUGCAACUGCAUCCGGAGAUAUGAGGAAAGCGCUUUCAAUUUGCAGGAGUGCAAUUGAGGUGUUAGAAGCUGAGUUUAGACACUCCACCAACAGCCCAAGUUUUUCUAAGAUUGAGACUGAAGUUUGUAAUUCCCCUUCUGCUACUCUGAUGAUGCCAGAUAACAAUAUUGUCAGGGUUGACCAUGUUGCUAGGGCUUUAUCAAAUGCAUACAAAUCCCCCGCAGUAGACACCAUUCAGUCUCUUCCCCAACAUCAACAGAUCAUCCUUUGUUAUGCUGUAAAGCUGUUUCGUGGGGGGAAGAAGGAUUUGACAAUAGGCGAGUUGAGCAAGCACUACAUGGAUGUGUGUAAAUCAACUUCAAUUCCAGCUAUUGGUAUUAUGGAACUGUCAAGUAUGUGCAGAGUGCUUGCUGACCAGGGGCUCCUAAAGAUAGGACAAUCUCGAGACUCUAAAUUGAGAAGAGUGACUUUGAUGGUUGAUGAAGCAGACAUCACUUUUGCAUCGCAGGGAGUUCGUUUUUUCGUAACUGUCUUCAGUGACCACGGAAUUUGGGUGGGAUCUUAUACUUCUGCUACUUCUGUUUGCAACUCAUUCAAAUGAAUGAGUUGCUAGCGAAGGAAUAUAGGUUAGGUGCAUAGAUUAAGUAUAGAGGAUUUGACUAAAUCUAUUUAUUACGAAGUAUAUGUUUUUGCAAUACUGUUAUAGAAAGCCCUCAAAUGGUCAAGGAAGCGCAGUGUGGUAAACUGUAGUAUUCCAUGCCAUUGGCAUAGUUUAGUUUCAUUGAGCAUUUGAUUAUGAUUAUGAAUGGAUAAAUUACGAACACCUUUGUUGUAAUACUACAGUCAUUA